AUGCCAUCCAUUGACGAAAACGCAAACUUGGACUUGAAUGCGUCUCCGUCACUCGACAUGACCCUCACCCCGGCUUCGUCCAUGGAUUCCGAAUUUAGUAGUACGAACAAACCUGACGGUGCCAGUUCCGCAGAAGAAGAGUCGGAUUGGGAUGAUACUUACUCGUUACAAUCCAAGAAGCGACGGUCUCACCAUCACAACAAGCAAGAAAUUGCGACCCUCAACAUGGUCAUGGAACACCGCAUCUUCUUGAAGGCCAUUUUGGGGUUGCUAGCCGAACGCGACAACAAGGCGACAGAGAUCGGCAUGAACGAUCCCAACAUGCUCAAGAGUGGCCCUCUCAAAAAGGCUUCCCAUCUCGUCAAGGGCAUUUGGAAGGUCAAGUUUGUCGAAUUGCGAAGAGGCAUGUUGACCUACUACGAGAAUAAUGUCAAAGAGAAUAGCGAUGGACAAUUGCUCCGCAAGAAUCUGCCCCUCGAUUUUAACGAUUGCUCCUGUCGAGCGGUCAAAAUAUCCAGAAAUGGAGUGGUAGUGGUCAAGGGUGCCAGUUUUGAAUUGAUUGUCAACAAUACCCGCCGCCUCUGGCUCUGCAAGUCCAAAGCCGAACGCCGGGCCUGGAUGGACGCCAUUGGAGAUGCCAUGGUCGGUGGAUCACUGACCCAAUCCUCCAACAAUAAGGUCAAUCCUCAAUUGCACGGCAAGCAAGGCUCUGUCAAUUCGCAAUCGCCUUACAAACUCGACUUGAAAAAGUACCUCAAAGUGCAAGGCAUCUUGAAAAGUGCCAAAACCAAGUCGGAUUAUAUUACGACCAUUCAAGAUUUGAAAAGUCGUCCCUUGGAGGUUCCAGUCCAAUGGAUUAUGGAACAAGUGGACAAAAUAUCAACUGAUAAUAGUCAAAACAACGACAACGGACAAGAUGAAAAGAGCGCCUUUCAUGAAGUUUCGGUUUCAAAGGGGGUGGAUCAGUUGUGGAAGGAUUUGCAACGAGAUGCCAUUUUGAUCAAUCAGGAACUUUUCAAGGGAGAUGUGGGUCAUGGACCAGAGAAAAUGAUUGGGGCUUUGGCUCGCAAUAUUGUCAGCACGAGUCGAUUGGCAACUUCGGGCAAGUCUACUACAGCAAGGUAUGCCAUUCCGGAAUCCAAGGCAUUUGCGUACGCAAGAGAUGUCCUCCUGUCGGUCAAUCGAACAAGAAGUGGAGGAGAUUCCUAUUAUUGCAUUGAUACACUCUGCAGCAAUACCGAUUUGGUGGUCAUUACUCCAAGUUCCCGAGAAGCGGAACCUUUGUCCAUUACUGUGGAAAUGAAUGAUGAUGCGACCGAAGAGACAACAGAUUAUAGUAUCAAUGACAAGUCGGGAUGGCUGCGAACAAGAAAUCGGAUUCAAAUGUCGUGGCGCAAACGGUUCUUUGUCUUGUCGGAGGGGACACUCAGUUUGUAUCGGCAAUCUUCGCCACGACCACAUGGAUUGCGAGGGCAAAUGGUGGUACUGGAUGCCAACAUUUCGGUGGAUAGAAGCAAGGAUAAACAUGGGUACUUUGUUCUUUCGAUUGUUCCCAAGGAUGGUCUGGACCGAUUCUUGUAUUUCAAGAAUGAAUCCAAAUUGCUGGCUUGGGCCUAUGCUUUGGAGUUGGUAGCCAAGGGCAAUUCUUUGCCCUCUACACCUCAUCGAAGACUCUUUGGCAAAAAGGAUACCAUUCCUGAAAACAUUGGAGAUUCCAUGAAACGACACAUGGAACGGUUGGGUAUGGAGGAUGAUCAAUUGGAAGAAUGCAUCAAGCGGUUCUCGGCAAAGGCCAGUGCUCGCAUGAAAAUCACUGCCAGUGCGUCAAGUGAAUUCAAGAUUGUUACCAUGGAUCCACAGGGAGAUGAUGGUGAUACAUGGGCGACCAUUAGUGCUACCUUUGGACAAUCGUUUCGGCUGGAUGGAGACCGGAUUGUUCGGGGCGAAGAAACAGUCAAAUUUCAUGUCUCACACUGCGCCACAGACACGGAUCUGCUGGAAGGCGACAGCAAGGAUGAGGCAGAAGGAUCCAAGUCGGGUGGCCGAAGGAGCUUGGUGAACCGACUACCAAAGAUCCUAUAG